AGCUCCCUAAGGAGACACCCCUUUCUCCUAUUUGGACGCCACCCUGCCGAGAGGCUGCUGCCGUUUUUGGAGCUGAGCGCCGAGGAGACGGGAUUCAUCCCCGGGGACUCCUCCCGGGCUGAGGUGGACACCGAGCUUGUCGGGGAGGAACCCUCCGGGGGCUGCGAUGGGAUCGGAGCUUGGCCCGGGUGGCCCUUCCGGAGCUGAGGGGGGUUCCGAGCUGGUUGGGGGGAACCCCACGGGCCAGAGCCUUUUCCUAGCGGAACAGGAGCAGGAGGAGCUCGGCCGGGAGCCCCACGCCGUGGCACCGACGGCAAUAAUGACUUCCCAGCAAUGCCCGCCCUCCGACAACAGCGACGGGGCGCAGGGCCUGAAGACCCUGGCGGAGUUGGGGCAGUCCGUCAUGUCGUCCUUUGAUCAGCGCUACCGUUUAGACUCGGUCAUUGGCAGUGGUGGUUUUGGCACCGUCUAUAAAGGGAUUCGGAGCAGCGAUAACCUACCGGUGGCCAUCAAACAUAUUCCCCGGACAAGAAUCAGCAAGUUACAGAACCUGAACGGUGUGUUGGUGCCCCUGGAAGUGCUGCUCCUGGAGAAGGUGUCCUCGGGCUGCCGGGGUGUCAUUCACCUCCUGGAUUGGGCCGAGAUACCUGAUGGUUUCUGCUUGGUGAUGGAGUUGCCCGUGCCAUUCCAAGAUUUGUUCGACUACAUCUCAGAGCACGGUGCUCUGCCUGAGCAGCUGGCAGCUAACUUCUUCCGCCAGAUCGUAGAAGCCGUGCGCCAUUGCCACUCCCGGGGCGUCUUGCACCGUGAUAUCAAGGAUGAGAACAUCGUGGUGGAUCUGAACCGAGGGGAGCUCAAGCUCAUUGACUUCGGCUCUGGAGCGCUGCUCCGGGAUACACCGUACACCGACUUCGACGGCACCCGUGUCUACAGCCCUCCGGAGUGGAUUCUUUUCCAGAAGUACCAGGGGCCCUCGGCGGCUGUCUGGUCUCUGGGGAUCUUGCUGUACGAUAUGGUAUGUGGUGACAUCCCCUUCGAACGGGACCGGGACAUCCUCCUGGGAAACGUUAGCUACCGCUGCUCGCUGUCCAAAGAGUGCCAGAACCUGAUUGAGUGGUGCCUGUGUAGACACCCUUCUGGGCGGCCUUCUCUGGAAGAGAUCCUUGCGCACCCCUGGCUGACCCUUGGUGGAUCUGAUUGCGAGGGUCUUCCGGACCCAGCAGUGUCCAGCAACAACCAGAAUGGCAUGUAAACCCCAUGGAACCAGAUCAAAUAAAUGGGGGAAGCCUGGCCUAGAAACACCGAGAAUGUUAAGUCAAGGGGCAGCCAUAAGCGAGGCCUACUGAAGAACAACAAUACAUUAAUACACUUCACUAAUGCAGCGUCACUGCAGACCAGCCAGUCGUCAUCUCCCAUUUAUGAGACCUCGUUCCAGGGCUUGAGAAGGUCCUUGGCCAUUCGGCACUGGAGAUUUUUUUCUUAUAAGGUUACAAGUUAGGUUAUUAAAUCAGCCUCAGAUUAACUCGGCUCCUACUCCUGGGACCAACAGAAGGUUAAAGAGGCUUUGUCGUUUCCUGUGGAAAAAUUGGGAGGGAGGUGGGGUUUGUAAAUAGGUGCUCUGGGUCUCUCACACAAUGCACUAUGAUUAAUUCCCUCUGUUACCUGUCAGCCUCCUUUAUUUUAAUUAUUGGGUAUUUAAUUCUUUCUCUGAAAUGGAAACAUGCACUCCAGAGUGGAUCAUGACAGACGGAGGCAGCUAACAUAUGAAAAUCUGGAAGGUAGGGACCAUUACCGCUGAAAUUGUUUUGUAUUUCAUCCAGCACGGCUCAGAUGUUCACGUGAAGAUGAGGGGUGGUGAGAGGGGCUGAUUCUGGCUUUCUCUGCCCAUCUCCGUAGUUUCAGGCUUUCAAAUUUAUCUGAAGCUGAUUGAGUUGUGGGGGAUUUGAACCUACCAUCUUGGGGCAGCACCUGGCAUUUCCC